AUGAAAUAAACCAAUCAUAAGUUGAAAUAGACAGAGCAACUACUAAAAUUACAAUAGCAAAAUGAAGAAUUAUUAGCACCAGUUCUUGAAUAUUUCAUUAAUCGAACAUCUUAAAAUAAUGGAUUGGUAGACUCUUUGCUUCAGAUAUAAUUUUUUAAAAAUAGUUGUCCUGAAGGAACUCAGCUUCAUGAUUUUGUCACACAAGCAGCAAAAUAUGCAUAAUAUGAGUAAUUUUGUUCUGGAUAGAUAAUUUUCAAUUAUGGAGAAUUUGGUGAUAAGAUGUACAUCAUAUUGAAGGGUUAGGCUGGAGUUUAUAUUCCUAAAUCAAAAGAAUAAAUUGAAGAAGAAUUAAUUUAAUUUAAUAUGAAAAAAAGCAAGAGAAUGCUUUUUAUAGAUGAUGUAUUAUAUGAAAAUAAAGAAAAUCCUUUUUACUAUUAAGAUGGUGUAUUUUUAUUUCAUAAAGUAAAUUAUAAUUAUUAAAUAAAUAGGUCUUUUAAUAUAUCUCUGGAUAAUGUUUUGGAGAUGUAGCUUUAAAUUCUGAUCAACCAAGAACAGCUAGUUUGAUAGCAAUAUCACAUAAUUUACAUUGUAUAUCAAUUAACCGUACUUAAUAUAAAAUGAUGUGUGAUAAGGCUAUUUAAGAAUAAAAUAAGACUCUAGAUUUAUACACUAAAAUUUUACCUGGAAUAUAACCUUUUAGUAUUACAAAAUUUGUAUAGAAUUUAAGACCUAUCAAAUUUGCUUCAUAAUCUAUUCUUUGGCAAAAAGGAGAUGAACCUCAAUAUCUUUUUAUUAUUAUAAGUGGAAGAGUUGACAUAUAUAUGAAUAUUGAAGAUUAAAAAGUUAUUUAAAAUAAAAGUGUUUCUCAUAAUACAUUUAAUAUUGUGUUAAAAAAAAUUGUUGUAAUUAUUUUAUACUUAUCAUUAGUUAAGUUAAAUAACAGAUGGUGGUAUUGUAGGUUAAGAAGAACUUAUAGAAGAAUUAUCUCAACGAAAACAUAAUUGCCAAUGCAUUGAUAAUACUAUUGCCUAUUCUAUGGAAGCAGAAGUAUUUAGAAAAAUUAGGAAAAUGUUUCCAGAUAUUAUAAAUCUCUUAAAAGAAAUUUAAGAUCAAAAUAAUUAAUAUAUCUCUUUAAGAAAAUAGUAAGUUUUGCAAAGUAUUUAAAGAUAUUAAUAAUAAAUCAUAAAAAUUAAUUAAAAUUAAGUUAAAUCAAAAUCAUUUUAUGAGUAUUUAGAUUUAUAAAAAAGAUACCUUGGUUAAUCCAAAGUUUUAAGAUCUGAUAAUAAAAAAUUAUUAACUCUUUCCUAAAGUGUAAAAAGAAAUUAAGAAGCUUUCUUAUACAAAUACAAAGAUAAAUCUCCAUAAGAUUAUUUUAUGACAAAUUCAGAAUUACAAUCUAAAAUCUAAGAAAAAUAAGAAAGACUUUAUUAUAUUAAUAAUAAAAAUCUUCAGAAUAAAAAUUUUAAAUCCAAAUUAGGAUUGAGUCUCUCUAAUGAAAUUAAAAAUUUUAAAUUAAACUUAUCCAAAUCAUAAUCCAAAUUUAAUUAAUCAGAAUAAAACCUAGAAAAUUUAAUUAAUUUUUAACAUUUAUAAUACAUAAAUGAUGGAUCUUCAUUAUCUCCAUCAAGCAGAAAAUUAUUAUCAAUGAACCAAUCACCAGUAAAUGAUUCUUUAAAAAAAAAACAAAUGUUACUUAAAAAAAUUUAAAAAUCCAUAAAACCAAGCUACAAAAACAAUAAUUCCUUAACAAGUCGUCAUUUACAAAGUCUUCAUUCUUAAAUUAAUUUUAAAAAAGGAAUUAAAACCGAUUAAAGCUUUCAUAAUGAAUAAUAAUAAAAGUAAUUGUUUAUUACAUCUUGCAGAAAUAAAAAUGAAAAUUCUCAUCAAUCUUUUCCAAAGUUAUUAUUAAUUGAAAAUGAAAACAACUGA